GGACAAAUUUUGUGCCAAAAACUAGAUGAAAAUCAAAGCAGUGGAAUCCUUUCUCAACUUUUGAUGGUUAAUGCUCGAUGGGAAAGAGUAAGAGAAAAUGCUAUGGCUCGUCAGAAUCUUCUUCAACAACGUCUAAAUUUUUUGCAGACUCAGCAGCUUGAAGAGAUCAGGCAGUGGCUAAAUGGUAUGGAAGAAGAAAUGGAAAAGGCUGAACCCUUGACACCUGAUGUUGCAGCCACUGAGAACCUAAUUCGAGCUCACGCUGUCGUGCAAGAGAAAAUUGAAAAAGAACAGGAGGCUGUUAAAAAACUCUCCAAUUUUGUCGCGGUGGUGGAUGAAGAGGAUUCAGAUGUGUCGUACGAGGAUUUGGAAAAACUGUUGCACUCUGUUGGCGAAAGAUGGAUGGGGAUUUGCGAAUGGGCUGAACUGCGGGCUCAUCAGCUUGAUGAGUUUUUUCAACUAAUUUCUCAGUAUAAGAUGGUUUAUAAAAAUUUGAUCAUAUGGCUUGGAGAACGUGAAGAGGCUUUGCGGAAGUUGGUUCCCGUUGAAAACUUAAUUUAUGACGCUCAAGUUGUUGAACAGGUUGAAAUUCUUCAACAGAUGGAAGCAGCUUUGGAAGCUGGUCAUGCCGAUUUUGUUUCACUCUCUCAGCUUGCUGUUGAUGCUCUUGCAAAGCUUGAUUCGGCAAAUAGUGCAGCUGCUGAAAAGUUGCGUCAAGAAGUGGAUAGCAUUACCGAACGCUGGGAUAAUAUUGUUUCUCGCAUUGAUAAACAUUCACAAUCGCUUGUUGAAUGUGGAAAAGCAGAGAGUCGUCAACUGCUUCAUCAUGAUGCUUCUCCUAUAAGUGAAACUGGCAGUGGAAGUCGUAGAGGAUCUAAGGAUUCAAAAAAUGUUGCAAAUAGUAUCAUGGGAAAUAACAGUAGGAGUGUCUCGUGUGGCCAUAUUGAUGUACCGGCAUCAGCGGAUAGCAAUAGGAAUGUUACUUGUACAUCUUGUUCGAAUCUUCCAUGCACUUCUGUUAUUUCGCCAGUGGAUAUCUUUAUUGGCAAUUUGGAAAAAGUGUCAGAAGAUUUGCAGCCUUUGAUUGAGUGGGCUCACAGUUUUCAUGUCUCUGCAGAGAGCGAUGAUAUACGUAAUGUAAUACAAAUUUGUCAGGGGAAACUGCGAGAAAUAAAGCUCAAAGAGGGCCAGGUUAAUAAUUUGCACUCGGAGCUGGAAAGAAUUCGAAAUUUAGGAAUAGGAGCUGAACAGCUUCAACGAGCAAAUGAUAGCUUCGAAGAAUUCACACACAAAUGGUCAGAGAUUGUUACAAAAAUCUCGGAUUCUUUGAACUCGUUGUCACUUCGUGGAGACUCAAAAAGUGAGGAAGGAUUUGAAGCAGAAACUUUACGAAUAGCUAAUCAACUUGAGGAAUUUUUUGAUUCUACAGCAAAUAUCUUGCGCGGGUGUGCUCAGAUCCCACUCUCUGAACGAGAAGUAAGGUUGAAGAAGCUUAGUGAACAGAUUGAUGCACAGCAAAAAAACAUCGCUUUUCUGGAAUCAAAUUUUACUGACAAGACACGUGUUAAUGCUCUGAAAAAGCGUAUGGAGGGCAUGAGUGCUGAAAUAACAGAAUUGAUUGAGAGCAGCCAAUUUCUUGAACGGUUUGAACGCUAUCUUAAAUCUUCGCUUCCAUCUGUGAAAGAUCCUGCAGUGUUGCGUGACGAUUAUCGUCAGUGUGAGGAAUAUCUAGCAGACUUAGAAAAAAUAAAGUCGGAUAACUUAAAAUGUGAGGAGUUAAAAAAGCUUGGACUAGCUAGGAAGGAUACUGUCGAAAAUGUCAUGAAGAAAUACGAUUACUAUGAAGAGAAAAUUCGGGAAGCUGAAAGGACUCUUCGGGACUUCAAAAAUCGUUUUUCUGCUUUGAAAGAUGAGAAAGUGAAACUUCCUUUGCUGAUAGAAGUGUAUCAGAAAUUAGCAAAUGAAGUUUCUGCCGCUCGCACUAUUCUUAAAGAAGUUGAAGAGUCUGUCAGAGAUUUGGCAUCUGUAACAUCCUACGAAAGCGUCGAUAUUCGUGAAGCUACAAUUAUUGCUUUUAAAACUCGAGUUCGAGAUUGUGUUGAGUCUUGGCAGUCUUUGGAAGAUGAAAUACAGGAAAACAUAAGCUUGAUAUCGAAAGAAAUUAAAACUAUGUUUCAAGGCUAUGUUAGGACGUGUCGUGACACGGUACAAGAUCUGCGACGGGCUAUUGAAAGCAGUGUGAAAGCGUCUGAUGCUGAAGAAUUUAGCGAACAUUUAGAUGUAACUUUUUCUUACACUUUAAUUUUCGAUUCCUUCAUCGGCUUAUAA